AUUCCUCGGGAAUAUUUGUUGUCUCCCAAUUGCUCUUCGAUCAAUCCCUAUAUAAGGCUCCUCGAUCCAUCUAUCUAAUCGCUCUCCUUUGUCGAUCCAUUACUCUCUUCCUCUUGGAUGGCGGCAGCGAGCCAGGCGAGCCUCCUGUUGCAAAAGCAGCUCCGCGAUCUAGCGAAGAACCCUGUCGACGGCUUCUCUGCUGGCCUGGUCGACGACGGCAACAUCUUCGAGUGGAACGUCACGAUCAUCGGGCCACCGGACACGCUAUAUGAUGGUGGCUAUUUUAAUGCAAUUAUGAGUUUUCCAUCCAACUAUCCUAACAGUCCUCCUACAGUUCGAUUUACAUCAGAGAUGUGGCAUCCUAACGUUUAUAUGGAUGGUCGUGUUUGCAUUUCUAUUCUUCACCCUCCUGGUGAUGACCCAAAUGGUUAUGAGCUUGCUAGUGAGCGUUGGUCACCUGUGCACACGGUUGAGAGCAUAGUUUUGAGUAUUAUUUCUAUGCUAUCGAGUCCAAAUGAUGAAUCUCCUGCAAAUGUUGAAGCUGCAGAGGAUCAUGUAGGAGAGCAUCAAGUGAUGAUCACUGUUAAGUUAGUGUUCCCUAAGUAAGCAAUUAUAAGUGAUGAUCACUGUUACUUUUAGACAUACUGAUCAUCUGUCAUUUCUAAUGAUUAACUGAGCCCUGAAGUACCCCGGCCCUCAUGAAAACUUAUCAGGGCAUUCAUCGAAGUUAGUAAUUCAGAAGAAACUUUCAUUUUUUUUGUAGCACAAAAAAAAAGAAAUGAAAGUUUCUUCUGAAUUUCUUGUUAUAGUAGAAAGUGAUUCUUGAGAUUUGAGGCUUUAGUAUCCUUGAGUGAUUGAUUCUUUCAAACAAAGCUGUGAACCCGUAUCCCCUUUUCAUAUGAUCUUUCUAGCUGUUGCAAACUUUCCCAGUGGCAAUUAUUCCCUCUAAACCCCGUGACCAUUGAUCGUUUCUAAAUUUUAGACUCGAUAUUAUUGUACAUUGAUUUGAUACACUACCAAUUGCA